AUGCGUUACACAUUUAAGCCAGAUGACUGUAUGGUCAUCACUAUCCCACUGGGAAAACCGAAUGUCGGAGACGGUCAGCUGAUGCCGGAGAAGUUCACCUGCGUCUUCAAAGAUGCCUACAAGGUUUUUCUUAAAGGACGACCAAAGGAACUUGGGGCAGCACAGUUCAGUAUCGGGGUGUUUGUUAUUUGUGUUGGUGUCCUCAUGUGUCUUGAAUUUGGCCUACAACAUUUAAUCUACGCCUUGCCCAGCGCCCUGUUUGUUGCAGCCGGUAUAUUGAGCUGUGCAGCUGGUAGUUCACCUGUGAUGCCCGUGGUCAAACUGUCAUUUAUAUUCAACAUUUUGUGUCUCUUCUGGGCUCUUGUUGCUCUCGUUAUUUGCAUAAUAUAUACUACAUUUCAUGAAUUUCAUCACAGUUUACCAGAGUAUAAUAUGUUAACUGGGCUAAAGAUUGUGGUGAGCGUCCUGUGUGGAUUUGAGUUGAUUCUGGCUGUUGUCCUGAUCUACUGGGGGAGUAAAGCCGUCUGCAGACCUCAUUUCAAUACUCUGCCUUUGAUCACUAUCAAGCAGGAUGCUUAAACGGAUGUUUGAAUUUUGAGAAGAUUUUCUCUGUAUAGGGUAUUUUUUUAUUUAACCCUAACCCUAACUUUUUUAAUACUAGUUAACUGGUAGAAUAUUGUAUAAUUACGCUGUAAAUGCCAAGACCUUGAGUUUAAUUCUCAGAGACUGCAUACAUGAAAUGUAUAUGUUGAAUGCGCUGUACAUUGCUUUGAAUUAAAGCAUGCAAAUGUAUCUGUACACUGUCAGAAAAAAGGGUUAAAAAUUAACCUUUUCUGUCGCUGGGGUGAGGUGUACUAAACAUAAUACAAUUUUGUACCUUUUUGGAUACAUUACUGUACCUUAAUGAUCUAUUGUGUAUCUUUAAAGGUACAGUUAACUGUUUAGUACCCCUAAAAUUUAACUGGUACAAAAUUGUUUCUUAAGGUACACAAUAGGUCCUGAGGGUAUAAUAUUGUACCCUAAAAGGUGAAACAUUUCAAUGUGCUGUAUAACCAUAAAGAUACAAAAAUGAUCUUUUGAGUUGAGUUUACCACACCAGCGACAGUAAAGGAAAGUUUAAAACCUUGAUAAGCUUGAAUUAUUUGAGUAAUGUGCUCAAAUUAAAAGUCUUUUUUAUCAUCUGUUUGUGUAAAUAUCUGUCUUAUAUCAUCUUUUAUUAAAAUCACCACCUGCUAUAUGAGGUCCUGUAGCCAUGAAUGUGUGAGGAUAAGAUAUUAAACAUUUUACUUUGACUUAAAAUGAUCUUCUUCUAAACUGUACAUGUAUUGGUU